GUAAGUCAAGAAAUGAAGAGUCUCAGCAGUUGGGAGUUGGGACUUCAAGUUGAUUCAAUGCAGCAUCAUAGAUUGUUAACGGUUUCAUGUUCAGAGCCAUAACUAUACCCAUAGCCAACCUCUCUGUAAAAAAAUGUGUUCUAAUCUUAGCAUUAACCCAUUCCUCUCAAUCAUUACAACCCUCAUCUUGAUCCAGGCGCCUGCAACUUUCUGCCAAAAUAACAGCACCAGUCCUAAUGAGUAUAUAACCUGCGGCGAGCCAUUCAACUGCGCCAAUGUGGAAGGCAUAGGCUACCCUUUCUGGGGAGGAAACCGCGCCGCAUUCUGCGGCCACCCAGGCUUCGAGUUGAACUGCCGUAACGACUUCCCGGAGAUCUCAAUCCAGUCAGUGCAAUACAGAAUCUUUAACAUCAGCAACCAAGCCCAGACCGCCAAUAUUGCCAGAAACGAUCUGUUAAACAACAUUUGUCCCUUGCAUCUUCAAAACGCAUCCUUGGACUUCAACCUCUUCAACUACGUCCCCUCUGGCUAUCACAACAUCACUCUGUUCUACGGUUGCACCGUAAAAAACCGCGUCUCGUUUCGUGGAAAUCCCGACGGCUUAUUCAACUGCAGUAAAGACAAUCACGGCCAAUGGGCUUGCAAUUCCACAAGCCAUUCAGGGUUUGGUUCAUUUCCCGGCAUCUUCAACUGCAGUGGAGAUGAUCCCAAUUGUAUCAUCUUCAACAUCUGCAGUGAAGGCGGCGAUCUCGGCUGGGCUUGCAACGGCACAGGCCAUGUAAAGUUUGGUUCAGUUCCCGGCAUUUUCAACUGCAGUGAAGGGAAUUCCAGCUUGAAUGGAUUUGGGCUCGGGAUUUCGCCCUUUACGGAUUUAUUGGUGAAUAUAACGUGCGGGAAUGAGAUCUCUGCUACUGUGGGUGAAGGAGGGUUUGAGGAUUUAGGGAAAGCUUCUGGAUUUUCGGAGGAGGCGGUGAGAAGCUCCAUUGCUAGUGGUUUUCCGGUGCAGUGGAGAGCAAAUGAUGAGAUAUGCAAGGAGUGCGUGAGAUCAGGGGGACGAUGCGGUUCUGGUGGGAUGAAUUCUACAGAAUUUGUUUGCUUCUGUGUUAAUGGAACUUCUUCGUCGAUCUGCACUCGCACUCACAGUCACGCUAAUAGUUAUAACAAUGGUACCAUUGGUAUGCUUCCUUCCCUUCUCCAUGCUGCAAUUAUUGUAAAAGGUUAA